CACCACCACCACCACCGAACGACGACAAGCACUUCCCCAGGUGUCGCAUCCCCCCCCCUUCCUCCCUCCGCAAUGGAGCGCCACAAGCAGGCCGUCGGCAAAAUCGCCGCCGCCGUGCGCGGCUUCUUCGAGCGCAAGGAGCCCUACCGCAUCUUCCACGGCAGCACCAACAGCACGCGGCCCUCGGCCGGCGCCCGCGUCGUCGACAUCAGCGCCCUCUCGCAUGUCGUCUCGGUCGACCGCGCCGCCCGCACCGCCCUCGUCGAGCCCAACGUCCCCAUGGACCGCCUCGUCGAGGCCACCCUGCGCGACGGCCUCGUGCCCCCCGUCGUCAUGGAGUUCCCCGGCAUCACCGCCGGCGGCGGCUUCGCGGGCACCGCAGGCGAGAGCUCCUCCUUCCGCCACGGCUUCUUCUGCGACACGGUCAACUUUGUCGAGAUGGUGCUCGGCAACGGCGACGUCGUCCGCGCCGAACCCGGCGGCGGCGAGCGCGCCGACCUCUUCCGCGGGGCCGCCGGCGCCGUCGGCUCCCUCGGCGUCACCACCCUCCUAGAGCUGCGCCUCGUCGAGGCCAAGCGCUGGGUCCGCACCACGUAUCACCGCACGCACAGCGUUGCCGAUGCCGUCGCCAAGAUACAGCAGGAGACGCGCAACCCGCACAACGACUACGUCGACGGCAUCCUCUUCUCCAAGGACCACGGCGUCGUCGUCACCGGCCAGAUGACCGACGACAAGCCCGACGACGCCGCCGUCCAGACCUUUAGCAAGGCCUGGGACCCCUGGUACUACCUCCACGUCGAGGAGCGCACCAAGAACCUGACGCCUGCGUCGCAAUCCCCCUCCUCAUCCGCCGCCGAAGAAAACUCUCCUUCCGAUCCCAACCCGUCCUCCGCCGCCUCGACCUCACCGGUAGCAGCAGCAGCAGCCACCACGUCCACCGCCGUCGACUACAUUCCCCUCGCCGAGUACCUCUUCCGCUACGACCGCGCCGGCUUUUGGGUCGGCCGCCAGGGCUGGACCUACUUCAAGUACGUGCCCUUCAACGCCUUCUUCCGCUGGUUCCUCGACGACUUCAUGCACACGCGCAUGCUCUACCGCGCCCUGCACGCCAGCGGCGAGUCCGCCCGCUUCGUCGUCCAGGACCUCGCCCUCCCCUACGCCAAGGCUGAGGAGUUUGUCGACUACACCGCCGAGGAGUUUGCCAUCUGGCCGCUGUGGCUCUGCCCCCUCAAGCAGACCCUGCCGCCCACCUUUCACCCCUACACCGGCGAGACGGAGCCCGCCGCCGGGAGCGAGGCAGCCCCCGUCCCCAAGGACGUCCUCAACAUCGGCCUCUGGGGCUGGGGCCCCGCCGACCACGAGCUCUUCAUCAGCAAGAACCGCGCCCUCGAGGACAAGCUCGUCCAGCUCGGCGGCCGCAAGUGGCUCUACGCGCACACGUACUACUCGGAAGACGAGUUUUGGCGCGUCUACAACGGCCACGGCGAGGGCGCCAAGGUCUCUUCGUCUUCUCCCCCCUCUUCCGCCCCUACUACUUCCGCCGCUGCCGACGGCACCACCACUUCACCCUCCGACGCCUCCCCCACCCCCACAACCGUCACCACCACCAAGGCCUGGUACGAGGCGCUGCGCAAAAAGUACCACGCCGAGACCCUCCCCACCGUGUACGACAAGGUGCGCAUCGACGUCGAGGCCGCCCGCGCGCAGCGCGCCCAGUGGCGCAUGUCCAUGAAGAGCCGCUGGCCCGUCGGCGGCCUCUACGGCAUCUGGAAGAGCAUCCUGAGCGGCGACUAUACCCUGCAUCGCAACGCCGCGUGGAAGCACAAGGGCGAGUGAGUGCGUGCGUAGUACGUACGUAGCUGCCCCGAGGCUGAGGCCCCGUCAUGCGUUCCCCAUCUGAUAGACCC